GUCCGAGGCGGGGCUGCCCAGGGCCGGAGCCGAGCGGUCGCAGGUGGGAACAGCCCGGCCGGGGCAGCGCUCGGUGCAGACCGGCACCCAGGGGAGCCGGUACCGGGGCUAGGCCAGGAGCGGGCACCGGUACCGGGGCUCGGACUGAACAGGGGGGACCGGGGUGUUGCCAGGAAGCGGGUCCCGGGAGCGGGGCUGUGCCAGAGGACGGAGCAGGUGCCUGUACCGGCGGCGCAGCGUUAGGAUAACGGGUGUCCCCGGUGAGAGGAGUGGCCGGGACCGGGGCCGGCGCCAGGAGAGGGGGGGUCCCUGUCCCGAGGGGCGGUGACAGGACAGGAGAAGGGUCCCGGGGCCAGAAGCGCAGCGUUGGGACCGGAAUAAGGGUGUCCCGGUACCGGAGCGACGUGCGGGGAGCGGAGAGAGGAGCCGCUACCGGAGCGCAGGGUUCAGACGGGGAGAGGAGGCGAGUUCGGGGCGCGGGGCGCCGGUGCCUGGUGGCCGGUACCGGGACGCAGCGGGAGGAGCGCGCUCCCCUGGGCUCGGUCUGUGUCGAGGGGUGCGGCGCCAGGCGCGCGGGUGCCGAGCCCGUGGGUGCGGAGCCGGCUGCGGGGGGGCCGUUCCGGUGCCCGGGUGCUGCGCCCCCAGUGGGUGGCGGCACCGGUGGGGGGGGGGGUCAAUCAUCCCGGGCGGCCGCGGAUCCCGCAGCGGCGACGGGGCCGUGGGUGUGAGAAGGAAACGGCGCCGACCCGCCCCUGGCACCGCGACCCUCUAAAAGCCCCGGGGCCGCCGCAGCGGGACCAUGCCCGCCCCGGCCGCCCGUGCCCCCGGCCACUGAGCGGGGCCGGUGUCGGCAGCGGGGGUCGGUGGCCGGGAUGCCCCGGCGGAGCCCGCUCGCCCUCGGCCUGCUCGGCCUCGCCGCCUGCCUGCUGACCGCACCGGCGCUGGGCUGCGGGCCGGGCCGGGGCCCGGUGGGGCGGCGGCGGCUGGGGCGGCGGCAGCUCUCGCCACUGCUGUACAAGCAGUUCGUGCCCAACGUGCCCGAGCAGACGCUGGGGGCGAGCGGGAAAGCGGAGGGCAAAGUGCUGCGGGGCUCGGAGCGCUUCAGGGACCUGGUGCCCAACUACAACCCCGACAUCAUCUUCAAGGACGAGGAGAACACGGGCGCGGACCGGCUCAUGACCGAGCGCUGCAAGGAGAGGGUGAACUCUUUGGCCAUCGCGGUGAUGAACAUGUGGCCUGGGGUGAAGCUGCGGGUGACAGAGGGCUGGGAUGAGGACGGGCACCACCUCCCUGACUCCCUGCACUACGAGGGCCGUGCGCUGGACAUCACCACAUCCGACCGGGACCGGCACAAGUAUGGCAUGCUGGCGCGCCUGGCCGUGGAGGCCGGCUUCGACUGGGUCUACUACGAGUCCAAGGCGCACAUCCACGUCUCCGUUAGAGCAGAUAACUCCUUGGCCGUCCGCACCGGGGGCUGCUUCCCAGGCCACGCCACCGUGACGCUGCAGAGCGGCGAGCGCCGGGGCUUGGCCGACCUGCGCCAGGGCGACUGGGUCCUGGGUGCGGAGCCGGGUGGGCGCCUGGUGCCCACCGAGGUUCUGCUCUUCCUUGACCGCGACCUGGAGCAGCGCGCCUCCUUUGUGGCCAUCGAGACGGCCAGCCCUGCUCACCGGCUGCUCCUCACCCCGUCCCACCUGGUUUUCGCGGCCCGCGGGGCGGCCAACACCACCUUCCUGCCCGUCUUUGCCCGCCGUGUGCGCCCUGGGGACGCGGUGCUGGCCCAUGGCGCUGGCGGGCAGGGGCUGCGCCCUGCCCGGGUGCUGCGGGUCUCAAGGGAGGACGGCGUCGGGGUCUUCGCCCCGCUCACCUCCCACGGGACCCUGCUGGUCAAUGGGGUGCUGGCAUCCUGCUACGCCGUCCUGGAGAGCCACCGCUGGGCCCACUGUGCCUUCGCACCGCUCCGCCUCUUCCACGGGCUCCUCUCGCUGCUGCCGCUGCAUGCCGAGGCUGGGAACGGGACGGUGCCGGAGGCCGGGAUGCACUGGUACUCCCGCCUUCUCUACCGCCUGGCUGGGGGAGUGCUGGGCCACGAGGCCCUGCAGGUAUAGGGGGUCCCAGCCCCUCCCAGUCACUGCACUGUAGAUCAUGCUACACACUGGAAAUGGGGGGCUCCAGCCCUGGCCCCUCCUUGAACCCAGGGAGGAGCGAUAGGGGUACCCCCGGCCCAGUGGGGAGGUUGGGGUGCCCUCAGCUCAGCUCAGCUGGGGACAGGGUCCCUGGGAUGGGGCGUUAUGGGGUGGCACAAGAACCUGGGUUCAGCCAUCUCCUGUGCCCCGGAGCCCUCCUGCAGCGCUGCUUGGUCCCUGAGCACAGGACCCUGUGUGUUCUCCUGCUAUUUAUUGCUUUAUUAACCACUGUGGCUGGGGCUGCUGCCUGUCGAGCCCAGGCUGGGCACCAUCAGACCCUCCCCUAGGGCUGCAUCCAGCCCAGGGAAGGCUGAAUCCAGCCCGGGGGAUGCCGGAUCCAGUCCGGGGGAUCCCGGAUCCAGUCCGGGGGAUGCCGAAUCCAGCCAGGGGGAUGCCGGAUCCACCCGGGGGGUGCCGGGCCCGGCUCUAACCGUGCUAACCGCUAACUCGCCCCGCUUGAGAGGUCUAUUUUUCUAUUUAUAAAUGAUAAUAUAAAUGCUCCCGCCCGCGCCGCGGGGCAGGGCCCAGCCCGCUCCUAACCACGACUGUGUCAGAAACAGAGAAUCCUGCUAUUUAAGUCUUUGGGCAAAACCUCCCUGGCCCAUCAGUUCCUGGAGGGGAAGUUCGUGGAGUGCUACGAGCCCACGGUGGAGAGCA